GAGAGUCCUCCACGGCGCAGGAUCUCUCCAUCGCUGCUGCGGAAGAACCGUCUCUGCUGUCCCGCUAAAGAUGGAGCUAUCUGCGGCAGGGGACCGUGUGUUUGCCGCUGAGGCCAUCCUGAAGCGCCGCAUUCGCAAGGGACGAAUGGAGUACCUGGUGAAAUGGAAAGGAUGGGCGAUAAAGUAUAGCACAUGGGAACCUGAGGAGAAUAUACUUGAUGAACGACUCGUUGCAGCGUUUGAACAAAAAGAGCGAGAGCAAGAGAUGUAUGGACCUAAAAAGAGAGGCCCGAAACCUAAAACGCUUCUUCUAAAGUCAAGAGCACAGGCUGCAGAAUGCUCCCCACGAGUCCCAGAGUUCCACCACAGUCGUCCGCAGCAGCAAUACAAACUUCCUCCUCCCUCACCCACACUGUCCUACACCCCCACUGCCCCCUCCAAUGCCAAGUUGCAGUCCGGGGCUGCUCAGCCCAAACUGAAGAAAGACAUUCACCGAUGCCAUCGUAUGGCACGUCGCCCCUUGCCCCGUCUUGACUCCUCUGCACAAACAUUUGGUUCCUCCAGUCCUUUCUCUUCCCGGCCGACAGUCAGUCCAUUCUCUGAAACUGUCCGUAUUCUGAACCGCAAAGUGAAACCCAGAGAGGUGAAGAAGGGUCGGGUCAUACUGAACUUAAAAGUGGUCGAAAAGGCUGGAAACAGUGGAGCCGCCAAUAGUAAAAGGACACACAUGCAAAGCUCUGCACAGCAAUCCCACUUUGGGCGCCAGAAAAUUCCAUCUCGUAAUAGGGUGAUUGGAAAGAACAGGCGGUUUGGAGAAGUUUCUUACAGAGGAAUCCAGCCCCCCAUUAGUGGUUCUGGGUUCCCUCCUUUCGGAAAACUGUUUGACUCUUCAAGCAAUUCUGAGAGCCAGACUCAAGGUGUAGAGAGUUGUGGUAACACAACCAAAAAUAGUUUGUCUUUGUCAUCAUCUUCUUCCCAAAGUAAGGUCCUGUCCUCAGACCUGCUCAAAUGUCAGGCUCUAAAUUAUGAGAUGCCCCCCUCUGUCUCAAGCUCGGAGGUUUCGGAUGGUGAGCCACCUUUUCCACCACAAAUUCAACCCAAGAAUUCCUCGUUGGCAUCCCAUGCCUCUGCGAAAUGUGACCAAGAUCAGGUCAUCCACAAACUCAGCCCCCAUCCUGUGGCCUCAAAAAAUAGCUUGGCUCCAUCCAUCCUUCCAUCAUCUCCCAUGUUUUCCUCUUCAUCCUCUGCAUCAUCAUCAUCAGAGGAGGACAAUGAGCACAUCCUGGACCUUUCCGUACCUCAUGAAAUGGACCGGCGAUCGCGACGACACCAUCCCUUCUCUGGUCGUCGGCCACUCAAAGUCCCUGAGGUGCCAGUAUCGGAAGAGCCAUCAGAGGAAGAGAAGGAUUUGGAUUGGCAUCCUGACAUGACACCCCGAUGUGCCAACGUGGUCGUCACAGACAUUACAUCUAACCUCCUCACCGUAACUAUUAAAGAAUUCUGUCAUCCACCUUCCGCUACCUCUCCACCCUGCAACCCCAAAAGUAUACUAUCUGAAAACAGCACACAACAGCCAAAUUCCACCGCCACCCUGAAGUUCAUUGUUGUCAUCUUGGCCGCCGGGAUGGUGGCGUUUAUCGGAGCGGUCAUCUGUAUCAUCGCCGCGGUCCACAGUGGGUCUCCACCGGUAUCCGUGGCCGCUGCACAGCCCCUGGCCGACAACCAGUCUCUGUCACCGGACGCGAGCGGAAAAACGUUUUCAUCACCACGGGCAGGACCGCUGGACGCUCUCCAUGGUACUGACGCGACCAGUAGGGAUAGAGGGGGGCCGGAGGCGCCUACCUUUUACGGUUUAACGGGACUAGGAACCGGAGGUAGCGAACAGCAGGUCACUUACAGCAGACUAAUCUGCACCCCUUUGCCCGCCGGUGAGUGCAACACGAACAACUUUCAGCAACAAGCGGACGAUCAGUCGCUCUAUGCGGAACAGGACUGGGGAUAUCUCCGAACCACAGCCGAAGAGCUCCGGCGAACCGUCCUCCAGCAGAAAGACGAGAUUAUAACGGAUCAGAGAACAAUACGGGAGCUGACGGGAAAGCUUUCGGAAUGCGAAAGUGGGCUGAAGGGACGGAGGGUCCCGGAGCGGAGCGCGGCACUUUCGGACACAAGAAAAGAAAACAAGGACCAACUCAUGAUGCGGGACGAUGCGGGAUCCUCAAUGCUGAAUACUCAUGCGGUUGAGGAUCUGGUGCAUGCCAUAACUCAAAUGAAAGACCGCAUUGAGAAACUGGAAUCUGAAAUGGCACCACCAGCAUUCAAUCACACAGACACAAGCUCACAGAAAGCCACAGGCACUGUCUCUAGCACUUCACGUAAGCCAAUGGUGGCCGCGCACAAACGAAUGGACGACCUGGAAGGAGAACUGAAGAGAAAGAUAAAACUGCUGGAGGAAGAGAGAAAAGCUCUGCGCAAAGAAACACAGAAACACCAGGAGCAUAUUGAAUAUGGACUGGAUACUGUACACCAGCGAAUAAGCAGCCUUGAGAAAGGACUGUCUGAUAACAAGUUUUCAGAGGGUUACAUGCUCUCAUUUCCCAUACGAAGCAGCUCCAUGUAUGCCACUGUAAAGCAGGAAAUCCCACCCCUUCACGCUCUGACUGUCUGCAUGUGGCUCAAGCCUGCCAAGAGCAUCUUGGGAACAACCGUUUCAUAUGCCGUAUCUAAUCAGAGCUGUGAGUUUGUGCUACAGCAGUUGGUUCAUGGACCCAUCGAACUUGUAAUUAAUAAUGAGGUAGCACUGUUGCCCCUGAACUUGACAGUGGGCAGAUGGCAGCAUAUGUGUGUGAGCUGGAACCGAAGGUCUGGAGAGUGGCAUGCCUACUUAGGGGGCAAGCUAAAGAGUGAAGGAAGUGACCUGGCAACACGCCACUCCAUUCGACCAGGAGGAACUCUCAUACUUGGCCAAGAACAAAGCUCGAUGGGUGUUCUUCAUUUUGAGGCAUCGCGGGUUCUGGUCGGAGAACUAUCCCAGUUUAACAUGUGGGAUCGCCCGCUUUCACACUCAGAGCUCUCUGCUCUUGCCCACUGCAGCCCAGGCAUGCUGGGUAAUGUAGUGUCCUGGACCAGCCGAGAGAUUGAGGUUUUCGGAGGGGUCACCAAGCAACCGGCCGAUCACUGCGACCACCGCAAGACAGUGAUGGACUCCUGAUAAGUCGUUUAAGGGUGUGUGUGGAAUUCAAAAGGUGAUAUUUCACAGAAUAACCAAGCUACUCUUUUCUAUACAGUUAGUACACAGCACUUGAGAAAAGGAACCGGGGCUGUUGAGUUGGGACAGUAGUCUAUAUAAAAGUACAGUAGUCUGUGUGCUUCGUGCACUGUAUACAAAGUCUUCUGAAGACACAUACUGUAAUAGUAUUGUCUGAAGAACAGACCAAAAUGUAAGUAAUUAUUUAUUGAUAACCUUUGCACAUUCAACAAAAUAUCUCCUGUAGUGUUCAAAAGAAGAACGUCAUACAGGUUUAGAGUAAACGAUACCAUCAUUUUCAUUUAUUGAGUGAACUGUUGCUUUAAACAAGGGUUAGAAAAACAUUUAAAUGAGCUUACAUUUUAUUUAAAUAAACAAAUGUUUUCAUAGAUAUUGUUUUUAUUUAUUUUAGUCUUGCUUGUUAUGUGUCUGAGGGACAAACGUCACUUAAAACACACGAUGAGGGAUCUUUAGACUCAAUGCAUGGUGAAAGUAUAAUUUUGUUUUUGUUUUUCCACAGUUCAAAGCAAAUAUUUGCAUACUUCAGAUUCCUUAUUCUUUCUACAAUGUAUUUGCUUUUCAUUCCUAUUGAAAGAAACACCUGCAAACAGCUGGGAAUCAUUUCACUGUGUUGGUUAUGUCUGCUGUUUUUGUAGCUUGUUUUUAUAUGUUUGAUCUUUUAUUCUCUCUUUUUUAAAAUAUUUUUUUAAUACUUGAAUCAUGCUGUUUCUAUGGUGAUCACUCCAAUAGACUGGAUCCUAUUAGUCAAGCUGGCCUCUAGUUGAAUUCUCCUCCAUCUAAAACCUUUUUCGAUCACAUCAAAAUCACACUCAAUUAGGAUGAACAAAGAAGGAAGAGGGCUUAAGGGUAACAGUUUAAGGAUGACAUCUGGCUAAAUGAACAAGUCAGCAAUAUUUGUAUUAAUAGACAUAAACAUUUAAAGUAAUGGUUUCAAAAACCCUUUACAAUGUGGCAUCUACAAUAACACAUGUUUUUUUGAACAUCGAUCUGCAAAUAACUACCAACAUACAAAUAUCUUCUCAUGCUGAGAAAGAAGCAAAUAUAUAUAGAGAGAUUUUUAACAAAAUUUUAUUUGUAAAAUAAGCUAACAACAUUCCAUAUAAUGAAUCUUUAAUAUUUAUUUGUGUAUUCCACAAUGCAUAUCUAUGUAAAUGUGGAAUGCUUGUGUAAACUGCAUCACACCUGUAAUAGUAUUGUACUUUAUGUGGAUUAUUCUCAAUGUAUUGUGUAUGUAAUAUACAGCAGGCUGGAAUUUGCCUGUUUUGGUGGCCUUGCCAAGUAAGACCCAAAUAUGGGGAUGUUUUAAUCAUAGCGUACAGAACUCAAAUUAUGGAUGUGGAAACAUUUUUGUAAAUGUUGCAGUUGUUUAAUAGGCAUGAAGUUUAAGAAGUUUAAGACAAUAACCUCACAUGUUUGGGAAUUGAGUUAACUUGUUUCUGAAAUCAUUUUUUAGAGCUGAAUUUUCUUGGCUUUUCACUCUGAUGUAAAGUGUAUUUGCUCUUGUUAGUGCAGUUUGCAUUUCAAUGUUCAUUUGUGUUUUAUUCUCUUUACACGAACAAACCAUGUGCACAAAGAUAUUUUUAAUUAUUUAUUUAUUUUACAAAGAUUUUAUUUGAAUGACAAUGUUUUGAAUGCUAGAACAUGUUCUUUUUCGUUUUUGCCUGGUCAUUUUCUACACUCUGACGUUUUACUCAUUUAUAUAUUUCAUAUUGUUUUUCUAUUCUGGAAUUUCUUACUUUCUUGCAUCCUGUUUCUGUCUCUGUCUGUAUUUAAAUGGAGACCAAAUGUGUUCAAAUCGAAACUUACCAUGAGAAUUAAAAUAUAUUGCACA